AUGCCGAUACCUCCACCACCCCCAUUACCACCUUCAGUAUUACCUGCAUUAAGUAUUAGGUCAAGCACCACCGCAUUGCAGUCAAAAGCUGAUGAUCGAUCCAAACUACUCAGUGAAAUUCAAACAGGUAUGAAGUUGCGGAAAACUGUGACCAAUGACAGGUCAGCACCAGCUGUCGGAGGAAGGGUUUCAGAUUUAUCGGAGACCAAUGGCAGAGCUAUCACUACUAGCGGAUCAAAAGUUUCUGCAGUUGGGGGAGUUAAUAGUCUUUUUGUGAAUGGUAUCCCGAAGAAGCCCUCUGAUAACAAAAGAAAUCAAACAAAUGUCUUAAGAGGUCCGAUAACUAGUCCACCGCUUUUACCAAAACCAUCUGAAAUGCAUCCAGCAAAGCCAAUAACUCAUUCAGAGUCUCAAGAACAGCAACUUUUGGCACCAUUGACAGAAUGUUCUGAAGCUUCUAGUAUAUGUCGUCAAACUUCUGUCGGAAUAGCAAGUCGUCUAAAACAGUUUAAUCAGAUCAAUCGACCGGGAUUGGCACCACCAACACCACCAUCACUCAAAACCAAACCAAUUGUUAAAGAUAUUAAGUCUCCACCGGUGAAGAAAAUUCCCGUUCCAGAGCAAUUCAAAACUUUGAGACCGAACAGGCCUGCUAACGAUGUAUCUUCUUUGCGUCGUUCUGGCAGUUCUGAUAAUGUAAGGAAUUCUCAAUCAUCACUAUCGGAUAACCGUAGCACACCUCCAUCAAGUACUCCUUUACCCUCGAAUCUAUCUAGUUCGACCAAAAUUUCGAAACCAGCAUGUCCUCCCCCUCCACCACCUAUUCAGGCAUCUCGAGUCGGACGUCCAGUGACUAAUCCAUUCAACCAUUUCACAUCAGUUUCAUCCUCCGGAAUGCCCCCUAAUGUAUCAAUCGACGAAGACUCACCUCCUCCACCACCACCUCCCCGAUUAGCUUCCUGUACUGAUCAAAUGGAUCGUUUCAUCUUCAUUCCGAUCAGUGAGUUACCACCUCCAGGAUUUUUCUCUGGAACAAAAAAAAUCUACGAAUAUCAUCCAACACGCAAAAUUCAAAAUGCUCCUUCGCUUUAA